AUGUAUACUAGAUUUCUCCCAAUUGUAUUAUUAUUACUAUUAUCUCUUGCUGCUCUAAAUGACGCAGCCAAGCCAACUACUUACUGCGAGUUUGCACCAUCAGACUACUGCCAAACACUUCAAUAUGCAUUGAUGUUCUAUAAGUAUAAUAGAGCCGGUCCCAUAAACGAUAAUGAGGUACCAUGGAGGAAGUCGUCGGUACUUCAAGAUGGUGAUCUCGCCGGAGGAUACUUUGACGCUGGUGAUCACAUCAAGUUUGUGUUGCCUAUGGCCUCUUCCAUGACCAUGCUCAGCUUUGCCUACCUUGAGCAUGAGCGCAACAUAAAGUCUUGCGAUCUGGAGGACCUGUUCCAGGAGGACAUACGACAGGGCACUGAUUGGCUGAUGGCAGGCCAUCCCAGUCCGAACAAGUUGGUUGCUCAAGUGGGAGAUGCCGAUGAUCACAGCUAUUGGGGACCUCCCGAGACCAUCACAACCAAGAGGAAUAUUUAUUGGAUUGAUGAGGAGCAUCCGGGAACCGAACUGGCAAUGGAGGCUGCCGCCGCGCUGGCUGCCGCGUCCAUGGUGUUCAAGGAGGACGAUCCAGAUUACUCGGCCAAACUCCUGGAGCAUGCCGAACAACUCUAUCAAUUCGGUGAUCAGUAUCGUGUCACAUACGUCGAGUCAGUGCCAGCCGCCAAGCCAUUCUACAACUCAUGGUCUGGAUUCAAGGAUGAGAUCGUGUGGGCUGGACUCUGGCUGUACAAGGCAACAGAGCAGGAGUCAUACCUGACCAAAGCCCAAGCAAACUACGAUGAGUUUGGUAUCAAGUACAUGGCCAAGGGCAACUCCCAUGAUUGGGAUCUCAAGGCACCUGGUAUCACUGUGUUGAUGGCCGACAUCACUGGCAAGCCUGAGCACAAAAAGGACGUCGAGGACUGUUUGGACUACUGGCUACCAGGAGGCGGAGUCACCUACACUCCUGGCGGCCUGGCAUGGCUACGCAAGUGGGGACCAUGUAGAUACGCCGCAAAUAUGGCAUUCCUCGCCAGUGUUCAUGGAGGUGACAAGUACACCAACUUCACAGUCAGCCAGGUUGACUACAUCCUGGGCAAGAACCCCAAGCAACAAUCAUUCGUCGUGGGAAUUGGACCCAACUACCCAGUCAACCCGCAUCACAGAGCCUCGCACCACUCCACCACCAACGACAUCAACAACCCUCCAACCAACACAUACAUUAUCAAGGGUGCCCUUGUUGGAGGUCCAGAUGAACUAGACAACUAUAAGGACGACAGAUCGGACUAUGUUGAGAAUGAGGUUGCAUUGGACUACAAUGCAGGAUUCGUCGGCGCGCUAUGCUACAUGGUCAAUCCCAAAGACAAUGAGAAGGUUCGCGCUACCAUUAGUGUCCCUCCACCAAUCCUCUCACUCAACAUCAGUUUAUGGUUCACUUCCAUAUAUAUCCACGCGGCUGUCGCACUGCCAUCGCCUAUGUCACAUCGACCAAACCCGACCGUUACCCCAAUCCAUCGUGUGGUGGCCACUACACCACCUCCACCUCCCCCUCCUACCUCACCAACUGCAAAGAAGGCACUCCCACCUGUUCCUCCUCCCUCUAGGCCUCCAUUAUCCUCGGCACCAGUCAGGACACCGAGUCCCAAUCCAUCAGCGCCACCUAGACCAGUCAAGAGAGUGGCAGUCACCCAAGAAUCGUCCUCACAGCCACAUUCAAGACAUACCAAGAACAUAUAUGUUGAUGGAUCACUACAGAACAACUUCAACGACUAUAGCUAUAUCACUCAUGUGUUGAACGAUGAUGGCCUACAACUCAAUGGUGCACCAUCUAUUUCAUUCUCGCCAAGCAAUUGGGGCGCGAUAUACCUGGCCUGUCCAUCAUGUAUCAACAGCAAUGAGUACAAGAAUCUGACAUUCUACAUUAAUGGAGGUGGACAGGGCGGACAGAAGGUGCAACUUGGUCUGGUCAAGGAUUCCAACAACUUCAAGACCGUGCCAAUCAAUCAGCUCAUUGGUCAAGACAUUCCAAGCAACAAGUGGACACGUGUUAGUGUUGCCUUCCAUGACCUUGGCAUCAACGUGUCAGAGUUUGACGGUGUAUGUUUCCAAGAUACCAAUGGCGAUACUCAAUCAAAGUUGUACCUCAACAACAUCUACUUGGAGUAA